AUGAAACAGCGCGUCAGAUGUCUGAGCCAGUUUUCCCACGACUCGAACGUUUCUGUUGGCCGCGUGUCGGAUGUUCUUAAAGAGAUGCACCGAUGGUGGACUGGUUUGACACGCCUUAAGUGGUUCAAACCCGAGUUUCGACCUAGAGCGUCAAGACGCUGGGCCGUAGGAUCAGCUGGAGAUAUUUCUGCGUCUUCGUCAGCUCGGUUAUCGUCUUGUGGCUCUGCCACUUGCUGUUCUUCAACCUGGCGUGGCUCUCCCGUUUGCUGUUCCUCAGCCUGCUGUGACCUUGCCACCUGCUCCCCACAGGCUCCUGCUGUGGCUCAUACACCCACGGCCUCACAGGCACCUGCCGUCACCCAGCAACUCGCUGACGCGCAGCUGCUGUCCGAGUUGGCACCAGCGACGCUACGCUCACCCGAGCAGGGCCAAGAUGUGGCUGGAUUAAGCCCACAUAAAACACUGGGUGGGUGCGCAUCUUCUUCGGAAGAUUAA